CCUUUUUAAUGUAAUAAUUCACUUCUCAAAGCAUCUAGCAAGAAAUAGCUUUACAUAUUAAGACAUGUUUAAAAAAAAAAAAAAACUAAUUCUGCUGUAAAAACCCUCAAUUAAACAAAUUAUGUUUCCCUGUUAUCAUUUAAAUCCACGCAGUCUUACAGCCUUGUAAUGUAGAAAUGUGUUUCUCAGAUCAUCUAGCAAGAAAUAUCAGCCAAAAGGUCUAGAAAGAACUCCUGAACAAGCUGUUUAGGACAUCAGGGUGAUUUUAAAUGUUCACAUCCUCCUCUUUCAAUGACAUUUCCAGGCACCCUGGAUAUCUGAUGAAAGGCAAUAAGGAAGACACACAGGCUACUCAUUAACUCCAGUAGACUUUACACCCAUCCGUCUGCAAUGCAAUAAGAAGUUGUUUCACUCCGGAUAAAGUGUAUUUACACGCAGCCUGCAGGCUUUAGUUUGACACCAGACAUCUUAAACAUGAGUGACACUUCAGAUGAGGAUAAUGAGAUCUCCUUUCCAGUGAAGUUUCUUGGCCGAGUUGAGGUGGUCCGCCCUGAUGGACUACAGAUCCUGUCUGAGGCCGCUCAGAGCCUAAAGACACCUGAUAAAUACUCCUCAGAAAAGGCAGCGAGGAAGAGCAAAGUCCAUCUCUUCCUGUCGCUGGGUGGGAUAGACAUUUUGGAAUACAAAACCAAGUUUUUGUUGUACUCGUGCCCUCUGUCCACUAUUUCCUUCUGUGCCGUCCUGCCAUCUUCACCCAAAGUCUUUGGAUUUGUAGCUCGACACCCUGCAGCAGACUCAAACCACUGUUAUCUGUUCCAGAGCAAGACAUUUUCUCACGUGCUGGUCUCAGUUAUCGGGGAUGCCUUCCGAGCUUCAAAAAAGGAAGAGAGCAUCAGGGGAGGAAGAGACCUGAUCGUGGAGGCCCUCAGACAUAAGAAUAAAAUGCUGCAAAGAGAGAAUGCUGAGCUGAAGAGGAGGCUUGCAGAGCAGACUAACUAAUAUAUUCAUAGGCCUACUAUCGACACUGUUAUAUAUUGUUUAACCUCAGAAAAACCUUCUAAUAAUAAUAAUAAUAAUAAUAAUAAACUUCGAUGUUGUCAAUAUGUUACCAAUUGUCAUGUUGAAUCAGUUAUCCGCAUAAACACCAGAAGAGGGCAGCAAGUAAGAACGAGG